CGCGGGGCGGGAAGAGAAGGAGCAAGGGGAGGGGACAAGAGAACUAGCGUCCCUCCCGGUGAUGUAGCCAGCCCGGGGAGGUGGAGCCGCGACGCCUGGAGUCCCCACCGCAGCCGCGCUCUGAAUCUACCCUCGCGAGCAGUCUCCAGCCUUGGCUCCGGCGACCUCCCUGCCGCCGCAAUUUGGCGGCGGGGACCGCGAGAAUCCCUCUAUCUGGUCCGGGGGUGUAGGGCGCCUGCAACCCCCAUCCUCUGCCUCUCCCUGCUCCCCAGACGGCUGGAACCACUCCCAGGGGAAGCUAUUCCUGGCCGCCCGGACAUCUCGGCGGCCAGCCCGGCAGGGCACCGGGCAUCUGGGACGAUAGCCCCGCCCGGCACUGGGCAUCUCCUGCACCGACUGUCGCGGCGCCGCCCAGCUUCUCGCGACUCCGGCUGGGGGACUUCUGCAUCCCUCCCGCUCCCCCAGCCGCCUGAUAGGACGCUCUCGAGCCCCCGGCGCCCCGGGCCCUUCGGCCGCCGCGAUGCUGCCCUGGAGACGGAACAAAUUCGUGCUGGUGGAGGAUGAGGCCAAGUGCAAGGCGAAAAGCCUGAGCCCGGGGCUCGCCUACACGUCGCUCCUCUCCAGCUUCCUGCGCUCCUGCCCGGACCUGCUGCCCGACUGGCCGCUGGAGCGCCUGGGCCGCGUAUUCCGCAGCCGGCGCCAGAAAGUGGAGCUGAACAAGGAGGACCCGACCUACACCGUUUGGUACCUGGGCAACGCCGUCACCCUGCACGCCAAGGGCGACGGCUGCACCGACGACGCGGUGGGCAAGAUCUGGGCGCGCUGCGGGCCGGGCGGGGGCACCAAGAUGAAGCUGACGCUGGGCCCGCACGGCAUCCGCAUGCAGCCGUGCGAGCGCGGCGCCACGGGGGGCUCUGGGGGCCGCAGGCCGGCUCAUGCCUACCUGCUGCCGCGCAUCACCUACUGCGCGGCGGACGGGCGCCACCCGCGCGUCUUUGCCUGGGUCUACCGCCACCAGGCGCGCCACAAGGCCGUGGUGCUGCGCUGCCACGCUGUGCUGCUGGCGCGGGCGCACAAGGCGCGCGCCCUGGCCCGCCUGCUCCGCCAGACCGCGCUGGCGGCCUUCAGCGACUUCAAGCGGCUGCAGCGCCAGAGCGACGCGCGCCACGUGCGCCAACAGCACCUCCGCGCCGGCGGGGCAGCCGCCUCGGUGCCCCGCGCCCCGCUGCGCCGCCUGCUCAACGCCAAGUGUGCCUACCGGCCGCCGCCGACGGAGCGCAGCCGCGGAGCGCCGCGCCUCAGUAGCAUCCAGGAGGAAGAUGAAGAUGAGGAGGAGGAGGGGGAGGAGGCCGCGGAGGAGCGAGAGGGAGGAGCCCCUCAGCGCGAGCGGCCGGAGGUGCUGAGCCUGGCGCUGGAGCUGAGGACGUGCAGCCUGCGGGGCGCUCAGGCGCCGCCACCUCCUGCGCAGUCCGGCCGCUGGAAAGGCGGCCCCCGGGAGCGCGCGGGACAGGCACGCUGAACUGACAGCCUCCGACCUGGCUGCCGCUGCGGCUUCCCUGGUCCCCGACCCCGCCUCCCUCGUGGUCUCAGUUGUGAUCUCCUCAUUCCUCGUCCUGGCUCAGGGUGACACCUGACAUGCCCUUGAUUAUGGGGGGGGAGUCCCCUCUCUCCAUGCCCAGAGGUUUCUGGGCCCACCAUUGUGGACGUGUCCCUGUGCUUUGCACUACGUCUUUUUGUCUACCCACUUCCCCGCUUCUUCCCAAAACAUCCUCUCAGGAGAACCGAGAGAAGUUUCCAGAAAUCCAGGAGGGUGGGUUUGAACCUCGGCCCGGGAGGAGUCAGUGGCCUCCGCUGUUUCCCUCUAGUCUUCUAGUCUUCUUAUAAUAAGAACCACCCAGAGAGGCCUUGUUGUAGGAGCAGAAUCCAGGGGCUGGGAGAAUUGAGGCUAGGUGCCUGAGUCUGAGUGAUAAACAUAGGAAAGAAUCCUGGACUCUGCCCAGUCUCUAUCUGUCCAGAGGACUCCUGGGACUUCACUGUUCUGCCUCUGGAGACUAGGAUGGUGUGAACUGACAUUCAAAGGAUAAAUUGGGUGGGUAACAGCUCUGCACCAGCCUGGGCCUUGUACUCCCACAGGAUUCCUCAUCACCCCCUCUGCAGACAGAUAAGUAUGGGCCACUCUAGGUGUCCCACAAGCAGGACCAAGAUGGGCCUCCAGAGGAAAAAGGGAACCAUCAGCAGCUGUGUGGAGACACAGCUGCCCCCAGCAGAGGUGCCCUGAAUCAAGCCAGGCUCUGGGGCAAGUGGGUCUUGACAGAAGCUGGAUUCACAGAGCAGGAUGAGGAAGAAGGGGUGUUCGCCCAAGAGGGAGUGGGCCCCAGCCCAGGAGUCUCCACAAGGUCACCAAAAGUCCAAAGAUCUACAUGUCACCAACUGAUCGUUGUAAAUAAAAUGGAUCUGCUUUUCCAGCCCUGUCACCACCCCUGUGUUGUG